UGGGCAUCAUUUGCUAAAAUACGCAGAGAUAUUCCUUAUCCUUUCACCUCUUUUAAAGCCUUUUUUGGGUUUUUUUUUUAUCCCAGUUUUGUUUUGUUAAUCUCUUCACUAUUUUGAUCCUUGAGUUUUUCUUUUCCAUUUCCAGAAACUUUCUUAUAAAACCAAAUCGCAAAUCGCUCAGAAAGCUACGAGCUUUUCGCUUCUCGCCUUCAAAAUUCUCGUCUUUUAUUGCUGAUUUCUGAUCUGGGUUUUAGCUGUUUCUGGGUUGUUUUCGAUUAGCUGUUAUUAUCAAAAAGCAUAACUUUUUCUUCAAUGGCUGCGAGCGAUGAAGUUAAUCUUAUUGAGAGCAGAACAGUGGUUCCUCUCAAUACAUGGGUUCUAAUCUCCAACUUUAAAGUUGCCUACAAUAUCCUGCGUCGCCCCGAUGGAACUUUUAACCGGCACUUAGCUGAGUAUCUAGACCGUAAAGUCACUGCAAACGCCAAUCCUGUUGAUGGGGUUUUCUCAUUCGAUGUCCUCAUCGAUCGCAGGACCAAUCUUCUUAGCAGAGUCUACAGACCAGCUUAUGCAGAUCAAGAGCAACCUCCUAGUGUUCUUGAUCUUGAGAGGCCCGUUGAUGGCGAAAUUGUCCCUGUUAUAUUGUUCUUUCAUGGAGGUAGCUUUGCUCACUCCUCUGCAAACAGUGCUAUCUAUGACACUCUUUGUCGUAGGCUUGUUGGUGUAUGCAACUGUGUUGUUGUAUCUGUGAAUUAUCGGCGUGCACCUGAGAAUCCUUACCCUUGUGCUUAUGAUGAUGGUUGGAUUGCCCUUAACUGGGUUAACUCGAGAUCAUGGCUUAAAUCCAAGAAAGACUCAAAGGUUCAUAUUUUCUUGGCGGGCGAUAGCUCGGGAGGUAAUAUCGCACAUAAUGUGGCUUUAAAAGCGGGUGAAUCGGGAAUCGAUGUGUUGGGGAACAUUUUGCUGAAUCCUAUGUUUGGUGGGAAUGAGAGAACAGAGUCUGAGAAAAGUUUGGAUGGUAAAUACUUUGUGACAGUUAGAGACCGAGAUUGGUAUUGGAAAGCUUUUCUGCCCGAGGGAGAAGAUAGAGAACAUCCAGCAUGUAACCCGUUUAGCCCGAGAGGGAAAAACUUAGAAGGGGUGAGUUUUCCCAAGAGUCUUGUGGUUGUUGCGGGUUUGGAUUUGAUUCGAGAUUGGCAGUUGGCUUACGCGGAAGGACUCAAGAAAGCGGGUAAAGAGGUUAAGCUUAUGCAUUUAGAGAAAGCUACUAUCGGGUUUUACCUCUUACCUAAUAACAAUCAUUUUCAUAAUGUUAUGGAUGAGAUUUCUGCGUUUGUAAACGCGGAAUGUUAACGCACACGGUGUUAAAGAAAGGAGGCUAUUUUAACAGAGCCAACGAAGUCUUUCAAACUAACAAACAGGUGAAAUGUAUGGCCUGUGUAUUCCUCUCGGUUAGUUUUGUUUUAGUAAUUAGUAUCUAAGUGUGUGGGCGGCUUGCGGCAGUGUUUGUGACUGUUUAAACGCUGGAUUCUGAAACGUUGAAGCCUGUUGAAGAACAGCGAUACGUUGGGAAAACAGAGCAGAAGUAAUAUUAUCUCCUUUUUUCGUCUGUAAUAUAUAUGUUUGGCUUUUAGCUUUUAGCAGUCUUUCGCCUUUUUCUUAACUUAAAAGCUGAUUAUUCAGCAUGGGAGUGGUAAUUCCCUAUUAUAUAUAUAUAAGUAUAAAAUACUUCCAAGAAUGUAAUGUUUAUACAAACUGUAGUGAUUGGUAAAUGUUGGGUUUGUGUUGUAUUGUGUC